AUGGCUCAGCCACCAAGAGAAAACCACGUCCGAGUAGGCGUCGGCGUCUUCGUCUUCAAAGACCAUAAUGAUGCUCAUUUCGUCCUGGGAAAGCGGAAGGCCAGUCUUGGUGCAGGCACAUACUCCCUGCCAGGCGGGCAUCUGGAGUUCGGUGAGACGUUUGAGCAGUGCGCCGUGCGCGAGGUGAAGGAGGAAACGGGGCUGGAGAUCGGGGAGGUGAGGUAUCUGACUACGGUAGAGACGACGUGGGAGGAGGAGGGGAAGCAGUAUGUCACUAUCUUCAUGGCUGGGUGUGCGAAGGCGGGGCACGAUGGGGGUGAGGCGGUACCGCAGGGUCAAGGUUUUGGAGCCCGAUAA